UAUAAGGGAUUAACAUUGCCCAUACAUUAUAAUUACAAUGCGUGCUUUGAUUUUUGUCAAUAAUCAUGAUAGAGCAGUACGUAAUCCCAAGGUAUCUAAUAUGCAUGAACAGGAAGAUAGUCGCCGGUAGCGUUAUCUUACUUCAUUUAUAUAUUUUCUUAUAUUCUUAUGCCAUGCCAGGCAGUGAUAUUGUAUAAGUCGUUGUGUUCGAACGCUACAAUCAGCUGUUGGCCAUUAUUAGACAGCAUCGGUGUUUAAACUGGAAAUGGCAAACUUCGCGAAAAAGGAUAGCAAUCGUAACAGCCAUACUUGCAAUGUUGACAUUGGAGAUAUGAGAAUUAAGUACAAAGAUAAAAGUGAAACUUUUACCGAAGAUCAGCUAGUUAGUAAAGAUCCACUUCAACAAUUCAAAGCUUGGUUUGAGAUUGCAUGUAAAACUUCUACGAUUAAUGAACCUAAUGCAGUUCUUUUAGGUACAGCAACCAAAGAUGGUAAACCUUCUGUAAGACCGGUGCUGCUAAAAGGUUUUAGCUCUGAUGGAUUCAAGUUUUAUACAAAUUAUGAAAGUCGAAAAGCUCAGGAGUUGGCUGAAAACCCUUGUGCUGCAUUAACAUUUUUCUGGGAUCCACUUUGUCGUACAGUCAGAAUUGAGGGCACCGUCACAAAGACAUCCAUAGAAGAUUCUGAUCAAUACUUUAAUACUCGUCCAUAUUACAGUCAAAUUGGUUCUCUAUCUAGUAAACAGAGUACAGUAAUUCCCAACAGAGAAUUUCUUAUAAUUAAAGAAAAGGAAUUACAAAAGCAAUUUCCUAACAAUGUAAAGAGACCAGAUUGGUGGGGUGGUUACAUUGUUGUUCCUAAAUCUAUUGAAUUCUGGCAAGGACAAAGCGAUCGACUUCACGAUAGAAUUAAAUUUAGAAGGUUGAAAGUGGGUGAAAAGCCAGACAAUAUUCUAGUUCAUCAAGGAGAUAACGGUUGGGUUUAUGAAAGACUUUCUCCUUGAAUUUUGAAAACUUUCAAUGCCAACAGACUGAUAUUUUGGUAUAAAUUGGAUAGAAAAAAUUUGAAGAAUUUAUUGAAUUUG